AUGACAGUUACUACACAUAUUGCCGAGAUCCUUCGCCAAGGGAUUUGGGCCUCCUUGACCGGUGGAUGGUACUAUGAGCCAACGCACUCGAUUUUCUGCAACACUGUCCAUUUAUAUCUCUGGUUGGUGUUACUGGUAGUUCCAUUAGUUGUGGGCCUUGUAACAUCUGGAGCUCUUUCUCUUUCGCUUCUCGCAGGAUACACUUGCUUCAUUGGCGUUCUUUUCGCCAUCCUAAAGACUGUUGUUUCUCACUUGCACAUUGUCUUCGAUACUUCUGAGCCCAUUAUUACCACCAAGGUGGUUUCAGAAGCAGAUAAUCCUACACGGGGAGAUCCUGACAUCAUAGAGCAAGAAGAAGAAGAUGGUCUUGAAAUGGUUGAGCUACGAGAAAUUCGGCGGCGGAUCACUGACAGCGAACUAGUGAUUGACCCUCCUCUUAGAUCAAGGGGUGAUCGACGCCGAGUACGUAUUGAGAACAAUUUCCAAGAAUUACCUAAUGUUAAUAAAACAAUUGCUGUCGUACAAAAAAGGAUUGGGCUGGAGGAUGACAGUGACGAAGAAACAAAGGACAAGGUAGUUGAGGUGCAGGACAUAGCUAUUGUUGAGGAGGCACCACACAACGAUAGUGAUCUGGAACUAUCUGCAGACGGAAGUAACCCAGGUGCUGCUUCAAAUCAAAGAAAGCUUUCUUCCGCAAUGUCUAGGAAGAUGUCCGAGCCUGUAAUGUCAUCAGAGGGACGUCGUAGUGGAUCUCAGCAUGGUUCAGAUGUUGCCUUGAAUUCCAGAGUUCGCCGAGCGAACUCAUCGCUUGAAUCAUCAACUAGUUAUAACGAUAAAGGAAUGCUCAGCCAGUCAAGCUUGGAUCAGGCUAGACAAAGCACACAUAAAUCGUAUCCUUCGAAGAUGAGCAGUGCCGAAGAGUUCCAAACUGGUGGCUUAAAAGCAAGAAUCUCGAAAAAGGUUGAUGUAGCUGGUCCGUUGGCAGAAGUUGUAGUUUCCAAUGCAGAAACUUGCUCAUCAUCAUCUUCUUCGAAAUCUCUCGACUCACAAAACACUCCCGAAUCAGAUGGUGCUGAGGUGGACGAAAAGGAAGGUGAUGAGGCUCACUGCGAGCAGACAGACCAACCAUCUACAAGCAAAAACAUCCGAGAGCUAGAAAAGCCUUAUGUAGUUGUUUCUACCGAAAAUAAUAUGCCAAAACGCAGACGUCCGAAAAUCACGAAAGAAGUGGAUGAGUCUGCUCCCUCUACAUCAGGAUGGUAUCCUGUUGUCGUGUCACUUGGUGACACAGACAGCCCCAGAUCAACUGCAAUCACUAAAGCGCCCGAUGACAGAAGUGGAGGCGCCGACAUCAAAGUGGAAAUCACAAAAUUCCUUGAAGAGUUGAUCGAAAAACACCCGGAAACCCUUGAUGUUAUUGAAAAUGUGCGCCAAAGUCGGCUUGGUCGAAGCUCUGCUUCCCACAGAGUACCGCAAAUGUUCAGAGUACCAACGAGACGACGUUCUUCGUCCUCCUCCGUGGUUGCAUUGUCGGACAUGGCUUUAAGAGAUGGUACCCAUGUUGCGGCAGGGCAUGAAGACACAUCUCAGGGUGCGGUUCAUUCGUUUCAGGAUGCUGAUGGGAUGUGGUGGACUUAUGCUUUUGACGAACACGGUGUGGGAACAGCACAACCUCUUGGUUCUGGACGUGCUCUUAUGGAACUCCUGCAAAGCACACAAGAUCCUCCGCUGGGAAGAAAUCGUUUAGAUGUUCUUCCGGAAUCCGCAUAUGUAAGCAGUGAAGAGGAGAAUGAACCAUGUACGUCUCAAGCGGUGACAAACAUGCCUGGAUUAAAUAUUGGAAGCACUAGGCGCGACCGCGCUUUGUCUUCAUCGAGUAACGAGAGUUACACCUACAUUCCUCAGCUACCAACCACAGUGUUCCAUGCUCCUACGGGAACAGGAGCUAGUAGAGCAAGCGCAAGACAUCAAAUGGUGUCAUUUGCUAAUGUGGCUUCGCGAUUGCGGGCUGCUGUACGUCAGAAUGAUACCUUAGCCAUAGGAGGACCUGAUGGAUCGGAUACAGCUGCAAGUCAAUUCGCACGAAGCAUUCUGGAACGUAGAGAAGGAAGAUCGAGGGACGAUAGUGCACCACCUACUUACCAGGAGAGUUUUCUGACACGUUUGGAUUCGGGUUCUUCAGCAGGAGGCGGGAUGACAUCUCGAUUUCGGUUUCUUUCUGAAUUAGGACUGGCUGUGCUCCCAACUGGUGGCACAAACACAGCUGCUGUUUCUACGGAUUAUUCUGCACCACCUACUCGUCGCACUUCAACUGUAAAGAAGAGCUACUAUUAUAAGAUGAAAAUGUUCCCGAAAACGAACAAAAGUUUUAAGCUAAAGCUUGACCGACUAUCUGUAUCAGCUCUUUUUGAUCGAAAUCGGUCUGCCUGGUCCUGUGCGUUUGAUGUGCUUCUGGCGUGUACUGUAUCCUUCCUCGCUGGUCUCGUUUUAGCUACUGGCAUUUAUUUCGAUAUUUGGUUAUUCCUGUUUGCUUUCACGGUGGCGGGGGCUCAUUUUUCCUUGCUCAAAAGUGUUCAACCGGAUGCAUCAUCACCAAUCCAUGGUUUCAACUGGCUUGUGGCCUACAGUCGUCCUGUUUACUUCUGUAUUGGAGCUAUCAUUGUCUUGGUUCUACAUCAUUUUGCUGACGAUCCUAAUUAUGACAAAAUACCAUGGAAUUGGAAUCCAUAUCGGUUGUACGAGACAUCCGGAGAAAUGAUACUGUUGGCAUUUCGUGAUCUCUUUGCAACGUUUCUGGUAAUGUUGCCAUUCGCAUUUACAAUGGGAUGGCUACCACAGGUGAAUACCCUUACACACCACGUGUUGGAACAACUGGAAAUGCACGUUUUUGGUGGAACAGCGUCAUUAGGGGUUGUGAGCGCCCUUAUCCAAAUUCUGAAAAGUCUUGCAGGAUGGGCAAUUCUAGGAUCUUUGUGUCAUCUAGCGUAUUCGGUCGAUCCUACGACUACACAAACACCUGCAUUUUCGGCCUUUCUGGCUGCAGCUGUAGCGAUCUCGUAUUUGCUAAGCAGGUUUUCUUCGAAUCCUCAACUGUUCGUGAUCCUCUGCCGUGCUAUGUGUUCUUCUGUUGGUAACUCUAGUCAGCCGGAGAGCGGCAGCCGUUUAUGCUGUGGUGCAGCACCAGAACAAGAAGAAGAUGAGCGCGUGAAGGACUCUGAUGAAUUGGAUGUGUCGGAUCCGUUACCAGGGCGUCUUCGGAGCGCCGUUGUUUUGCGUGCGCGCCAUGAUGUACUCUUUUCUGCAUUCUUGUCUCUUCUCGUGUUUGCCCUUCAUUCCACGUCGUUGUUCACGGCUACACAGCCCUAUUUUACGGUAAUUGUCAUUCCCAUUUGUGUUUCCUUCGGCGUCAUGAAUCACUACCUCUACGAGCAGCUUAGAACUCAUACGCCGUGGAAGUUGAUUGCAAAACCUAUCCUUCAUUCGCGAGAGUACACACAGUACGAAAGUCCUGAUGAAGCCAAGCUUAUGAAUUUCGAAAUCAUUCACGUAUGGAUGUUAGUGAUCGAAAAAAAUCUGCUUUAUCCGCUAGUGGCAAUGGCAGUUUUAACUGAAUGUGGCUGGCACUUGCCUUGGGCAAGAGUGAUUGCUCCUCUUAUCAUCCUUCGCUUUCUUCGUGGUGGAUUCUCCCACCCGCAGUUAAUUUACGUGCCGUUGGCGCUGGCAUUCACUGUGACUCGUUUCGACUGGAAAACUGGGUUGCCGUUUGGACUUUCUGUGGAGAUGUCGCCUUCUACAGUGUUCCCAUUGGUGCUCUACAUCUUAAUCGUAUUCUAUCCGAAAUGGCUGGAACUCUACCUCAAGAUGAGCUUUGUCAUGGCGUACGUAGCUCCUUGGCAGAUCAGUUGGGGAUCAGCAUUUCACGCUUUCGCUCAGCCUUUUUCAAUUCCUCAUUCGGCCCUCAUUUGGACUCAGACGGUGAUUUCAAGCCUUAUUAGUGCUCCGCUAAAUCCAUUUUUGGGGUCUUCGUUUUUCACCACUUCCUAUGUACGGCCUGUAAAGUUCUGGGAACGAGAUUAUAACACGAAGCGCAGCGAUGCAUCAAAUACAACCUUAGCCUCCCAAAUUGACCGUGGGCCGAUGUUGGACGACAGCAACUUGAACGCUGUGUUUUACGAACACUUAACAAGAAGCCUUCAAAAAAGCUUGGCUGGUGAUUUGCAAAUGGGCAGAUGGGCGACUAGCGUGCAGCCGGGUGACUGCUUCAUCCUUGCGAGUUUCUACCUUAACUGCCUUGUUCAUAUUAUUGAAGUAGGCAAUGGCUUUGUCACUUUCCAACUUCGGGGACUUGAAUUCCGUGGCACAUAUUGCCAUCAAAGAGAGGUGGAGGCAAUUUCUGAUGAUCAAACGCAAGGGACUGGGUGUUGUUGUUGUGCACCAGGAUCACUGCCGGGUUUUCUCUCGCUGAAUACAGCAUGGAGUCUGCGCUGGCUAGCUUGGGAGGUAGUGACAGGAAAGUACAUCAUUGAUGGUUACUCUAUCACCGACAAUUCGGCUGUGAACCUUCUACAAGUUCAUGAACUGAGACGUCUACUUGUGACUCUUUAUGUAAAAUGCAUAGUUUAUUACGCUCUGUCUUCCAACAAAUUACAAAGUUGGCUUGCGAAUGAAACUGUGCGUGCCACUCUUGAUCCUAUUGUGGCGAAUCCUCGUUAUGCCGACGUCGAUCAUCUGUUCUGCUCAACAAAUGAUGAGGACUUUGAUAUGAGUGAAAUGGGCAUAUCUCGUAACAGUUUCUCAGAAUGGUAUUCGAUGUGGAUUUCCCAUUGCAUACACAAACGCACAGAGCGCAACCCUGAUGAGGAAUUGAAUUCUGAUUACAUAACUUGUCUUUGCUUUGUGCUCUCUCUCCUCGGAAGACGAGCCUUAGGUGCUGCAUCGUAUAACCGCCACUCAAAUGCUGCUGAGUCUUUUCUCUGUGGACUACAUGCACUGUUCAAAGGAGAUUUCAGAAUUACCUGUCAAAGAGAUGAAUGGGUGUUCGCUGACAUGGACCUAUUAAGAUGUGUCAUUUCUCCAGCUGUAAAAAUGGCUCUAAAGUUACAUCAAGAUCAUUUCGCAGCGCCUGAUGACUUCGACGAUCCGGAGUCACUCUAUGACCUUAUUGCUGAACACCAAACUAAACUGUUCAUUUCACAUGAACACGAUCCGGCUUGGCGUCGUGCGAUCAUUGCGAACACUCCAUCGUUGUUAGCUCUCCGACACAUGUAUGAUGAAGGCCAAGAUGACUACAAGAUCAUUAUGCUCAAUAGGAUGCACUUAAACAUGAGGGUGAUCAAACUGAAUCGUGAAUGCGUGAGAGCUUUCUGGGCAGGUCAACAGCAGGAACUGAUCUUUUUAAGGAACAGAAAUCCUGAAAGGGGAAGUAUCCAAAAUGCUAGACAAGUGCUUAGAAAUAUGAUCAACAGUUCUGCUGAUCAACCUGUUGGUUACCCUAUUUAUGUCUCGCCGCUAACAACUUCAUUUGCUGAAACUCACUCUCAGACAGAAAAUAUUAUUGGGCCACCUAUUACUGUUGAGGGUAUUGGUUCAACCAUCCGAAGAGCUUGGACAGCUCUUCGUGCCCAUUUUGGACCUUCUGGGAGCUCGUCGCUUGGUCUUCAAGGAGGAUGUGGUGGUGCGAACGUACCUCCGAUAGCAUUGCAACAGCUAACGGCAAUGCAACCGCAGCAGAAGCAGACCGCUACAUCGGAGAUGGAUGAUCGGGCAAGCACGACUUCGGCUCAUGUGGAAAAUUCAAUAGUGCACAUGACUCCCGACGGAAGCGCUCGUGUGACGUUAGCAAGAAGAGUUCCUGGCAGCGGUGAUACUCCACCAGGAGUCAGCAAAUAUUCUUCGACUGAUUCUGUGCCACAGGGUAUUGCCAAGAGAAUUAGCGCCGAUCGGAAGACGGAAGAAAAAGAAAGUGUGGAAGAAGAAGAGGUGGAAGAAACGAAAGAUACUGGAUUGUGGGUCCGCAUCACUGAUCCGGAACAGGUUUUCCGGUAUCUCAAUGAACCUUUGAAAUCCACAGGAGAGCCGCUGGUUGUUUGGCCGAGUGAGGAGAUUCGGCAGAUCAGCGGACGGAAUUCGUGGUAUUGUCAGCCAAUGGAAGGUCUUAUGGGGCGCGUCAUGUUCACAUGGCAUCCAAAUCAUCCUAACAGAAAACUGCGUAGCCAUAUAGGAGAUGCUAUACAUUUGGUUGCAAUUCCUGAAAUGAUGUGUGCACUUGUGCCGGUCAGUGAAAAAGGUUGUACCGUACUGCCACCUGAAAAAGUUGCCGAGUUGCAAAACGGCGAGAAUAGAAAGGAAUACUUGCUGUUCAUUAAAAAGAUCCAAAGCGAUCUCGAGCUCCUUUAA